CUCUGAGCUGCAUUGUGUCCCCAGGUGUAGAUGCGUUCACGCACAUUCUGAGCUCCCAGAUGUCCCCUCACUCAACAUUGUGUUGUGUCUCUCCCUCAGCUCCGGCCUCCCUGACUCUGGAUCCUGAAACAGCCUAUCCCAAACUUAUCCUCUCUGAGGACCUGACCAGCGUAAGACACGGAAGUACACGGCAGCAGCUCCAUGACUCCCCGAAGAGGUUUGAUCGCAGUGUCAGUGUCCUGGCGUCUGAGGGCUUCAAUUCAGGGAGACAUUACUGGGAGGUGCAGGUGGCCAACAAGACAGACUGGGAUGUGGGAAUCGCUCGAGAUUCUGUCAACAGGAAAGGAUUGAUCACACUGUCACCAGAGAAUGGAUUUUGGGCUGUGUGGCUGAGAAACGGGGAUGAAUAUAAAGCUUGUACCUCAUCUCCCACCCGCCUAUCCCUGAGAGAGAGACCGGGGAAGCUGGGAGUUUACCUGGACUAUGAGGGGGGACAGGUAACAUUUUACAACGCUGAUAACAUGUCUCAUCUCCACACUUUCACGCAGAUUUUCACUGAGAAACUUUAUCCUUUCUUCAGUCCCUGUUUGAACGACGGCGGCAAAAACUCUGAGCCUCUAAGGAUCUGCCGGAUGACAGGUAAAUGAGGAGGAAACCCUCAGCCAUGACUUGUGUUUGGCGGUGAUGGCCACGAGGCUGAACCUUUUAUAAUCUGUGUCCUUAUACAUUAUAGCUUGUGGUUUGUAUUGCACCUUUCACACUGGGCCCACGGCACAAUCCUUUCUCGGAAUCGACUGUGAAGCGCCUGUUGUGUUUGUGAACGAAUAAAGAGCUAAUUUGCACAGA